UCACCUCAACACCAGGCUUCCGUACAUAAAGCUGUACAUCGAGAAUGAGGAGUUCAACAUCGAUGGCCAGCGGUGCGAGAACAUCAUGACGUGUCCCAUGAGGCCCAUCACAUCUGGUUCAGAGAACUGUCCAUACGACUACAUCAAAAUCUACGACGGCAGAGACGAAUCGGCGUCUGUGAUCGGGACGUUCUGUGGCAUGGGCAAGUUCCCUUACUCCAUCAUCGGGACUUCACAGGACCUCUUCGUGGAAUUCGUCAGCUCGCCUGCAGGUCCUCUCUUGAACACCGGCUUCCAUUUCAACGUUGGCAACUGGCCUGGGCACGUGGAAGCCGCCGGCUCCAAAGUGGGGACGUGCGACUGGCGCCUCACAGCUGAAUCCCUGAAGAAGUCUGGAGACACAGAAGGAAUAUUCCUGUCAGUAGCUCACUGGUAUCCGCCGCACACGUCGUGUACUUAUCUGAUGCAGGGACUACCUGGUCAGGUUGUGAGGCUUUACUUUCCAAGCUUCCGAAUCAAUCGCAUCGAGUCCCCCAUCGUGCCUUGGACUGGUGACUGUGGCGAGUCACUCACCCUAUACGACGCUCCAAGACCUGAUGACGCUCGCAUCAUCAAGACCUUCUGUGACACCUUCAGUAGACCAAUGGAAAAACACGACUUUGUGUCGACUGGAAACGCCAUGUUUGUUAGAUUUGAGAGCAAGACUGGGAGCUACAGCGGCUCCUCCUUGUACUAUUGGGCACACUACGACUUCUUCAAUAACACACGUUUCGGAGAGCCCGUUCCCAACACUGCUUGCGACGAGGUCAUUGCCUCUUGGAAGCAAAGAGCUGGUCGCUUGAGGUCGCCACUGAACACGCUGGUGUACAAACAGGCACCACCGGGAGAGGAUGUCCACUGCCUGUAUCGAUUCGUCACUGAUAAGAGGAUAUACGCCAGAGUCAUACUGACCAUCUUGAGCGUGAACUUCAAGGAACAUCCGUAUACACCAGUAUCCUGCCAGAACUGUUACGAAGACCGUGCCGAUAAGUUGAUCAUCUGGGAGCCUUUCCCUGGAUCCAAAACUCCUAACUCAUCAAUAGGGGUCACUACAACGCCUCUACCUCUUCAUUUAGCCGUUCAACGAUCUUUGGGUUCAUGUCUAUGCGCAAAACAUGCAAAUACUGUAUCCAGAGCGAGGCCAUACAGGGUAGUAUCGUCUGGAGAAACACUGAAUCUUCAACUCAUAGUAGACAAUGCUCACGCUGCUGCGUCAUACUUCAAGAACCCGUCUCCCCUCUUCGAAGCCAGGUAUGAAUUUGUUCAUGGGCCUUUAUGUGGACCACCAGUUUUAGCAGCUGCUUCAGACGGAGAAAUCGUCUAUCCUCAUUUAGAAGCACUAGGUUAUACAGAACCACCCAAACGCAUCCAGUGCAUUUGGGAUUUAGAAAUUGAAGAGAAGAGAGACAUGUGGCUACACUUUGACAGUAUCAAGUUUGCAUCUAGGCACUGUGAGGAUGGCAACAUACAAAUCUACUUACCUGGCAGAAUAGAACCGUACUUAUCAAUCUGUGGUGGCAAUGUAUCUGAAACUGAGAAGUUACCAAUACUUUCGGCAGGGGAACUGGGUUUUGAAUCAUUGGAUGAUCCAUUGGUGAUGGAAAAGGACAAGACUAGGUCUAUUAGAAUCGUCUUUAUUGGCAGCGCUUCUCCUGCCAGAGCUGCGUUCAAAAUCGCUUGGACAGGCCUCUUCCAUUUGCCCAAGAAUUCUGAUGGAACGCUGAUGACUUCUCGACUGACUGAUGGUGGAAUAAAAUCUUCAGACUCGGGACAAGGUUGUGAUUUUAUUUGUCCUGGCGAUGAAGCUCUUUGUAUUCCUGCCAGACUUAUUUGUAACGGAGUUGUCAACUGUCCGAACGUGACGACAAAUGAAAGGAAGUUCUGGACUGCUGAAGAGAAGCGGGCAAGAGAGGCUUAUUCAGAAGAUAGUUUGAGGCGUCUUGGGUAUUUGGAUGCGUUGAAUGGUAUUCCGUUUGGGCAGUUGAACGAUGAGUCACCAGAAUUGUGUGCAGGGGCCAGGAGUUCGGUUGGAGGGGACUGGACUGCGCCUGCUUUAGGUGCUGGUCUGGCGAUUGCUUUAGGAGUAUGUGCUUUGGGCGCUGCCUGGCGCCUGUGCUGCCGCAAGAGGUCUCCAGAUGAGGAGUCCCUGGAUUACUGACACGCGGCCCGCGGUGCGCCUCACGCACCGCCGUCCCUACACUCAAGGUCUACAUCCAGGGAUCUCCCGUUAGAUUGGAGCCUCCAUUGACAGACACUUUAUUGAGCGCCGGAACCUUGACUUGUAAAUUACACGAACAUCAUUAUUGUGUUAAAAAUAUUGCUGGUUUCUUCUGAAACCAAAAUUUAAUGAACAUUUCAACUUGUUACCUUCGUGAAUGCGGUAACAUGAUGACUACUUGAUUUUAAUUACAUCUCAUUACUAUGAGGGUUCUCAAUUAUAAAUAAUAAGGCGCUCAACUUAUAGUUGAUUUGUAAUUAAUGUACAUACAUAACGUACGGUUAAUUAAUUUUAAUAUUAAUAACGUACGUUUAAGAACGACGAUCAUAGGUAUAAACGACAAGGUGAUAGUAGCCAAACAAUUAAGCAAUUAUCAAUUAGGUAAAAUAGUGAUAAUAAUAAUAAUUUUGUAACGUGGUUUCAAUUGAAUAAGAGAGACUCGUGAACAUU